CAACAAUGGAUGUCCAUCAUGCUCGCCGCGUUCGCGGGUGCACUGUUCUUCGGAUCCCCAAUCUUCGGAUACUUCGCAGACAAGAGUACAUCGCGCCAGCUACCAUUCCUGGUGGGACUGCUCGCGCUGGCUGGGACAACAAUCGUGUUCUGGUUCGCGGAGACGGUGUCGGCGCUGGUGAUCGCGCGCACCCUGCAGGGCCUGUCUGCGGCGGUGGUCUGGACGGUGGGUCUGGCGUUGGUGGUGGACACGGUGGGCAAGGAGCAGGUCGGGGCGGCGAUGGGGUAUGUGUCCAUGGCGUUGACCGUCGGGACGGUGUUUGGGCCGUUUAUCGGGGGGAUUAUGCUGUCGCGCGUGUCGUAUCACUCGGUGUUUGUUCUUGCGAUUGGGUUGAUUGUGCUGGACAUCAGUCUUCGGCUGGUGAUGAUCGAGCGGAAGACGGCGGCCCAGUGGAUCGAGGAACCAGCCCACGCGACGGAUGGGGAGACGCAAGGGCUGUUGAGUGGCAGUGGGACUGGGUAUCAGGCUAUCGCGGGCCAGGAUGGCAUGGCUGAGACUGUCGGGGCAGAUGAGGCCGGUGGCGAAGCCCUGUCGAGUGGGAAGAAGACAUCCGUGCCCGGCAUCGUUCGCCUGAUAUGCUCUGGUCGGCUGCUGGUCGUGCUCAUCGCGACGGUGGCCGAUGCCAUUAUGUAUUCCGCUUUUGACACGGUCCUUCCGCUGUACGUGAUGAAGACCUUCGACUGGGGCCCGCUCGAGAUCGGCCUGUGUUUCCUACCCCUAUUCGCGCCCUCGUUCCUCUCUCCGUGGGUUGGCGACGCCGUAGACCGCUGGGGCGCGCGACGGGUCGCCUUCCUCGGCUUCCUGAUCGACUUCCCCACGCUGCUGCUCUUCCGGUUCGUGUCGGACAACACGACGCAGGACCAGGUGCUGCUGUACGGCUUCCUGUUCUGCGCGGGCGUGGCGUCGACCCUGCAGCUGGUGUCGCUGAUGGUCGAGGUCAGCAACGUGACGGAGCAGUACGAGCGCGAGUUCCCCGGCAUCUUCGGCCGGCAGGGCGGCACCGCGCAGGCCUACGGGCUGUUCAACGUCGCCUGGUCUGGGGGCCAGGUGCUGGGGCCGCUGCUGGCUGGGUUAUUGGUCGAACGGGCUGGAUGGACGACCAUGGUUACCACGCUGGGGGUGAUGAGUGGGUGUAUUGCUGUAAUGGUGGCUGUGUCGGAUCAGAGGAAGGGGAAGGGGAAGAAGUAGUUUGAAAAGUUGAUGUUGACUGUUCUGUUGACUGUUACAUGUUGAUAUGUUACGAAUGAUGAUGACGAGUAUGUGGAUGUGGAUGUGGAUGUGGAUGUGGAUGCCGAAAAGCAAGCCAGGUAGGUAGUUACUAGGUAGUUAGGUAGGGGAGAGGAGAGGAGGGAAAAAGCGGGAUUGCAAUUACUCUUCGGGAUGGACGCCUGUAUGUCAGGAUAAGUAGUAUGUAUGUACCUAUGGUUGGCGGUAGUCUGCAAGGGAGGAGAGGAAGCGAGGAAGCGAG